UUGAAUAGGCAUAGCUUGGUAAGAGCAGGCUUAUCUCUAAACCUCUCAUUCCCUUUUGGAAUACCAUCUGAAGAAAAGGAAAAUAAUGAUAAGGGGAGAAAAUACCAUCAAUGGCCCCACUCGUGCUGUCAGGGAAGAACAAGUAUAUAAUGCCUCCCAACCCAUGCACCAAAAUCACCAGCUAUAUUGAUAAUCUCGCACAACUACUGUGUUAACCUCGCUGCUCUUCAGCUAAUUGCUCUUCAAGGCUCAAGCCUUCCGUUCACAUAAGCAUGCAUGCUCAUUCAGUCUUAGGCUUCGAGGACCGAUGAACACUGAACAAAGGGAUGGGAGAUAAAAUGAGCUGGACAGCUGGAGGAGAUUGGAUGUGCAGCGCAUGCCAGCACCAGAAUUUCAAGAAAAGGGAAAUGUGCCAACGUUGCGGGUACCCUAAGUACGGCGGCCCUGAUCCGGCAACCUACAUAUGCAAUGCAACAAAGGUUUUGGCUGGGGACUGGUAUUGUUCCGCCAUGAACUGUCAAGCUCACAACUAUGCUAGCCGGUCAAGCUGCUAUAAUUGUGGUGCAUUAAGAAAUGAUCAUGCUGCAGGUGGGUAUGGAAGCAACGCUUAUGGAUCUGAUGGAAGUGAUCCUCCUGGAUGGAAAACUGGUGAUUGGAUUUGCACCAGAUUGGGAUGUGGAGUCCAUAAUUAUGCUAGCAGGAUGGAAUGCUUUAAAUGCAGAACACCGAGGGAAUACAGUGGUGGAUAUUGACAGAAAGUUGUAAUUACAAAGACAACGUGGAUCUUGACUUCCUAUGACCCUGGCUUCUCCUCAAACACUUUCUCUUGGUUCCAGUUUUGAGUUAACAAUAAGCUUUAGGCUGACAUUGAUCCAAGGACCUUUCCCAGAAGCACAGGCAUGUAUUGGAGCUGAGAAAUAGUCUCUGGCUUCCUUAAUUGUGUUCUUGAAAUCUAUGAAGCUUAAGAAUUUUUCCCUCCCUUUAAUCGGGCAUCUGCAACCAAAA